CGCAAAAGUGAACAUUCUUCAAUCUCUUUCUGCGCUCUUGUCUGGGAACUCGGUCCCUUUAAGUAUUCUUUUGACUCAAGAUGGCAGACGCCGGCAAGAUCCAGGAUCUUCUCAAUAAACCCAGGAAUGAAUUGACGGAAUAUGAAGUCUCCCUCCUCGAAGCGCACGAACUAUCUACUGGCCCUCUAUCUAUUCUGAUGACCGCAACCCGAACACACACCCAAGUCUUGAUCUCAUGUCGAAACAACCGAAAACUGCUCGCACGCGUCAAAGCCUUCGAUCGUCAUUGCAAUAUGGUUCUCGAAAAUGUAAAGGAAAUGUGGACGGAAAAGGGAAAAGCUGGUGGCAAGGGCGUCAACAAGGACAGAUUCAUCAGUAAGAUGUUUCUACGAGGUGAUAGUGUCAUCUUGGUCUUGUUGAGUUGAGCGCAUCGGUGGUCAAAUUGAAGGAAAACAGACUUUUCAUUGCGCAUUCGCGCCAUCAAUAACCAGCUGCCUUGCCACUUAGCAUUACAGCGUCCUCGGAAAAGUCACGUCAAGGCUUCCGAAGGUGUGAGCGAGUGUAUUCCGGAACCAUGCAUCAGCCGAGUCAGGAAAU